UCUUCGCCGCUGCAUUGCAGAUCGCGACGCGCUGCCAUGGGCCGUGGCAUGUGUACAGCAGAGCUCAACACCACAACACUUGGGUAGAUUGUACGUCAAAGUCCCAGGGCCACAUGAGACCGGAGCCGAGGGCCGGUAAUAAACCAGGAAGCAAGGCAACGCGACUCCCAUCGCGAUGGAGUCCCAUCUGCGACUGCGAAUUCCCGGGUCGCUGAGCUCGGAGACUUGUUUGAUACAGAUGUUGCAGAUCUAUUGCCCCAUGCAUGCUGGAAACCAGGCUCAUGCAUUGGAAAACACCUUUUACCCCAUCACGACCCGGCUUUGUUCUCGCGGGUAAAGUGCGCAUCAGCCAAUGCCAGCACCGCCGCCAAGAUCUGAUCGAUCUUUAAUAUCCUGGGCAUGCGCUUGAUAUAUUCAUUCGGUGCAGCCAGCAGCCCCUGGCGGCUUCACGCCGUUGCCCGUGUGCGGGUACUGUUCAUCAACCUCCUGGUACAACUUGUUGCCAAUCCAAUCGUGCAUGGCGUCAUGGCACCGAAGGUGUUUUGUCCAUGUGUUCUGUGUAUACGCCCAGAGAGAGACGGAGCGCGAGCUUUAGUAAACCAUCUUGUCUGCACUUUCGCGAGAAAUCGACUGUUGGAUACAUCAUGUCUUUACGAGAGUACUGUCAGCCCACAUCAUAUUCUCCCAAUUCUUUCUAUCAGCGAGGACCAUUCCCGGACCAGAACUUUGCGGCUUGUUUGCUCUAUCUCAGACUGUACUUGUGUGUCAUCCCGGGAAACGGCAAGAUAUUCACUCGUUGUAUAUUGGUCACAAUAUGAAAUCUUCUGCUGGCUUUGCAACAUAGCUACUUCUAUCGGAGACUUGAUAUCCAAGCACUUCAAUCACUGGUUUCUACUCACCUGGGUUUCGAUUGGAGUUUUACUCGUAUUACAGACCUUGGCUCUAUUGAAAACCGCCGCCAUGUAUCAUCUAAACAUAUAUUAGCCCUGAAGCAAUAUAUCGCAGCUUCAUACAUGUAAUCAUUGUUGCGGAGCAGGCCACACACGAGUCCAACCGUGGAUUCUCUCACGCGCAAUCGGGCAUAUGUUUGCCGCGAACUCACCACAUAUAUCGAUCCCAAAACCGUGCCGCUUACACCCAGAAUAGCCAUAUAGCAUGCCC